AUCUAUCCAUCCAUCUAUCCAUCCCUGGUCUGUUCAUUCAUGAAAGUCAUCCCAGUCUGCCUACCCUCCCGCCUGGUUAUUUAUACUUGUGGAUUAAUCAUAUGUUGUCAGGGAUGGCGCGCAUGCGCAGUGGACGCCGAGAUUCUCUGAAUCAUCGAUGGAAACAAGGGAGGGAUCGAGAGGUGACUGUAGAGUGAUGGGACCCGGUUGAGGAAACAGCAGCGAGUGAUCACUGUCUGAGCUGCUAAUGACAGGUGUGAAGGAUGACUACAUGCUCAGACAUCUGCGGGUCGGAAUAUGGAGAGCAAGCUCGAGGCGGUGGGAACUACCAGCAGUACGGAGUUCGCUCCUACCUCCACCAGUUUUAUGAGGAGUGCACAGGUUCUAUCUGGGAACGUGAUGAAGAUUUUCAGAUUCAGAGAUCACCGAGCAGGUGGAGCUCUUUACUCUGGAAGGUCUGUCUCGCGUUUGGGACCCUGAUAUUGUUUGCAGGACUCAUUGUGCUGUUGGUGGGUUACGUGACUCCGACGAGGAUUGAAGCAUUCGGUGAACAUGACCUUCUCUUCAUUGACAGCCAUGCUGUCAGUUUCAACCAUGCUCUGGAUGUCUGUAAGCUGACGGGUGCUGUGCUGUUCUCUGUGGGCGGCACGUCAGUAGCUGUCGGUCUUCUGCUGUCUGCCUUCGCCAGAAGCUACUCCAAAGAAGAACUGUACCUGCAGCAGAAGUUUAAGGAGCGAUUGGCAGAUCUGCAUGCCACAGUCGGUUCUCCGAUAAUGAGAGCACCGGCUCCUGGGGAGGGAAAGGUGCCCGUCUCGCUGUCCAAAGUGCAGAACAUCCAACCCGUCACCACAAAGUCAGAAACCUGAUUGGUGUCCAGAUGAAAGCAUGAAGGAAAGUUUGGAUGAGGAUCUGUCAGUGUUCACACCGUGUGAGUGAGUGAGUGUGUCAGUUUGUGAGCACUUCCUGUCCGGGAAAAGGUCAUCUUACAUCACUGGUACUUUUGGUUCAUUAUCUUUAUUGACGUUAAUGUCAAGGAGUUAGUAAGCGGAAUAAAGCUUUACUGUCAUUUGAUCAAAGCGAAAUCUCACAACACAGAUGUGCAAAAAUAAAAAAAAAGGUGCAACUGUCAAAACAUCUUUUUAUUAUUUGAUUUUUUGUUUGUUUGUUUGUUUGGGGGAAUAAAGUUAUUUGCUGGAAAGAAAAGUAAAAUAUGUCUCUUUUAAAUAUGAUUUAAAUUUGAAAGAUAAUUAAAAGUAGCUCUAUACACUGUAAAAACUGAAUUAUUGUUUUAUUUUUGUUAUUUAAAGUCACACUCUGGUCAUAUUUUGAUUUAUUUUGAAAUAGUUCCCAAUGGUCUUUUAAUUAUGAUUAUACCAUUUUAAACAAAAUCAAGAAACCUGACUUUUUUAGGACAUAGUUUCUGCAGUGCGGCAGUAGUUCAUGAGAAAUUUCCCUCUGAGUUGUGGGCGGGGCUGAUCGUGCGGAGUAAGCCCGCACCCUUCCUAUCGUCCAAUUUUUUUUACGUGCUGUCCCGCUGACUAAUAGACUAUCAUAACUAUUUACCAGUGCAACAAAAAUGGCGAGCAGUAUUGGACCCAUCCAGGUCAGGCGAAGAAAAUGAAGAUGUACACAGAGCUAGUCGUCUACAACUGGACGCAUCAGAAUGGAGCUUGUGGCUUGCCGUAGUAAUGUGUACAUCACACUUAGAAGCUUUUUCCAGCUGAUUUUUUUAAACUGCUCCUGAUUCACAAUGAUUUAUAUGAAGAAACACAAUUUUUAAAAUUAAUUUUCUUUAUGUAUUUAGAAAAAUGCCACAAGAACAAACUAAAAACCUAAUUUUUAAAAGAGUUAAAAGUAAAUCUGCUGAUUUUUUGACUUAUUUUUAAGGGGUCUGUUUUUACAGUGUAUACAUUAAACAUUGUCACAGUCAAAGCCAAUGAAAGAACAGUGGGAUAUAAGACUAUGUCUUUACAAUCACACGUUCACCUGAACACUCUUUCCACAGAGUGAACGCUCUGAAUCACAGGGUUGUGUUUUUGAAAGCCCUUUUUCAGUCCACAUCACAGGAGUCUUAACAGAUGGCUGGCGGUAGGUUGACAGUGUCAGGUCAGAUUAGACAUGAAGACAGACGGGGAGAAAACUUCAGCACAGAUUUCAUGCUGACAUUUUCCUCUGUCUCAUUAGGCCUCUGACCUUGUUUCCUUCAGUAAACCUUCAGACGGGAUCAAUAGAUGAGACAAGACGGAGUGAAAGAAGCUACAGAGGAACAGGCUGGUCGCUCUUUUCCCCACAGGACAGACAUGCAUUUAGAAUCCGCUCAACCUAAAAAUAUAACCGGCUUUUGACACAUUUUCUUGACCGGAAUGUUCUUUUUGUUUCUUGUGAGGACAUAGACACAUGCUCACGGAAGCAACCAAUUAUUUAUGAUGCUGAACACCCAAAUUUCUCUUCCAGUCACGACUCUGUCACUUGUAGACAUCAAGAUGGAACAAUAAUGCGCGAGAGAGAGACAAGUAGCGAGACGGACAAGUUGCAUAACAGGAAUCGACUCAGCUCAGUCGUGUUUGACAGCGUUGAUGCUGUCGUGAUUCAGAGAUGCUUAACAAUCUCCCUCCUGCUCUAAUGCUCCAAACUCCAGCAGACCUCAGCUAAUCUGCGAUUUAGAAAGCAGAGAAAAUAGUCAACCGUUUUAUAAAACAAAUUUUUUGUCUCGCCUGCUGUAGCCAGAAGCCAGGUUUUAGGUUGAAAAGGUUAGAUUGACUUCCUGUACGGUAUUUUAUGCACUAAAGGGUGCAUCAGAAAAUAAAGAGCACUGUCAAAGAGUAGUCUAUUUUCCAACUUGUCAUUUAAGGUGCACAAAACUAUAAGGUACAUUAAGUGUGACAAAAGAGUCUUAAAUGAUGAGUCCAUCAGUCAGACUUUUACAAUUGCAGUAGUUAAUGUAACACGCUACAAGUUAGCCAAGUUAGAACUGCUAGCUACGUUAGCAAACUCACAAUACCUGUAACUCCCAACUUUAUUUGCAAUAUGGAAAAAACAGGCAUACCACUAAAACAAACAUUCCUGUGGCUACGCUAACGCUCAACCUUGUUAGUGACAAGUAAAACAAAAAACAGUCCACACUGCUACACAUUAGCUGCGUUAACAUUUUCGCAAAAACACCAAAGUUUGUUUGGACCACAGAAAAUACAGACUGAUACCGCUAAAGCAAACAUUAAUAUGACUACGCUAACUCCCAACCUUGCUAGUAACACAAAAAAUACACGCGGAUAACGCUGAAAAAAACAUUAGGCUAAUGUGACUAUGCUAACUCUCAACUUAGUUAGUGAUACAAAACAAUAGAGACUGAUACCACUAAAGCAAACAUUACUGUGACUGUGCUAACUCCCAGCCAUGUUAAUAACAUGUAAUAAAACCUGUCUGACACAGCUACUUGUUAGCCACGUUAGCUUAUUUACCCUAAUGCCUAACCUUGUUUGCAACUCAUAAUAACUAACUUAAUUAGCUUAAACAAACAUUAAUGUGACUACGCUAACUCCCAACCCUGUUAGUAACACAAAAAAUACAGACUGGUACAGCUAAUAUAAGGAUAACUGUGAUGUAAAACAAACAAAAAAACAUAGUUCAACACUGCUUCACAUUAGCCUCGUUAGCAUAUUUCCAGUAACAUCCAACCUUAGACAGAGCGCUGUGUACCUCUCAAAAUUGCUUCAAAAUCAAUAAGUAACCAGAACUAAUCCAUAUAUAAGACGUUCAUCGUGUCAUUUUUUUUUUUUUUCAAAUAAGGCUUUUCAGUGCGCCUUAUAGUGAGGAAAAUACAACAGGAAAUGUCUUUUCCACCUAGGAUAGUUGCAACUACAAGCACAAUAAAAGUCUUUUUAUUUGUUUUUUCUUAACCGUUUCUUAACUUUGAUGCUGUCAUGUUGACUCAUGUUUGUUUCUAUUGUUGUUUUUCCCAUUUUUCUUCAAUUCAAAGUGCCAGAACUCAACUCUUGUGGUGAAGAUGUGACAUGAUGCACUGUACCUGUUUAGAACAAUGUUACUCUGCAGGUCAUCGUUUUUGGAAAAGUUCCAGUUUUUUUUUUUUAUUUGUGUGUGUGUUUUUUUCCAAAGCAUUGCCUCAGUGAUGUAGAAUAUCUGCGGUAUGAAACAGUGAGCUGUUUUGCCGAUCUCACAUGUAAGCUGACCUUUUCAAUUUAGCCCUGUGACCUCUGUUCUGCUGUUCUUUUGCUUUCAAUUUGGAAAUAAAUUAUCUUUUCAUUGGAUCCAGAAUAUAAUUCAAAACUGUGGUUGAACUCUGAUAAAAAAAACAAAAAACAAAAAAAAAAAACAACUUAACAAAUGUUUUCAUUGAGCUUACUCAACCUUUGAGCUGCAAAUUGAAGCCAUACUGUUAUCUAAAUUGUAAAGGGUGACCCCUCCAGUUUUUGGAAGUGAAUGUGUUUGCUGAAAUGUUACGCUGUUUAUGAUGAGUCACCAAUAUUUUUCAGGCUUUUUUCAGUCCUAUUCAGCAAGUCUAAAUGUAUGUCACUCCCGAUGUAACUGUGGAUUAUCUCAGUCAGUAAAAAUGAAUAAAUAUUAUAGCAUACUGAUACUGUAGGACAUUGGAUUGAAAAAAAAAAAACAGUAUAUAUCCAUGAAUGUGUUUACACAAUCUAUUUUUUGAAGAACACAAUAAAAUGAUCUAUCUGCGGCUCAAAUAAAUGUACAGCUUGUUUGUA